CGCAGUAUACGCCACACGAAGGUCGAGUAAACUACCAUCCCACGCUUUCCACGCUCCCCCGCAAAGUCGCCAUUAAACUGGAGAGGCUCACUUGCAGCAGACAGAGACAGAGUCCAAUGGCGACGGCCGUGCUAAUCCUGCUGGCCGCCGCCAUCCUGGCGCCGUCUCUCUCCAGCUGCGCGCCCGCCUCGGCUACUACCACCUCUGCGGCGGCGGCCGACCGCAUCACGCGGCUGCCGGGCCAGCCGCCGGUCAACUUCUCCAUGUACUCGGGCUACGUCACCGUGGACGCCGCCGCGGGGCGGGCGCUCUUCUACUGGCUCAUCGAGGCCUCCUCCACCGCCGCGCCGGACUCGGCCCCGCUCGUGCUCUGGCUCAACGGCGGGCCCGGCUGCUCCUCCGUCGGCUACGGCGCAUCCGAGGAGCUCGGCGCCUUCCGGAUCAGCCCCGACGGCACCACGCUCGUCCCCAACCCCUACUCCUGGAACAAGAUGGCCAACAUGCUCUUCUUGGACUCCCCCGCAGGCGUAGGGUACUCCUACUCCAACACCACCUCCGAUCUCUUCACACCCGGCGACAACAAGACAGCUCACGAUUCGUACACUUUCUUGGUGAAUUGGCUGGAGAGGUUUCCGCAGUACAAGCAUCGCGAUUUCUACAUCUCCGGGGAGAGCUAUGGAGGGCACUAUGUUCCUCAGUUGUCUCAGCUAGUGUUCAGAAACAACAAAGGUAUCAAGAAGCCCAUCCUCAACUUCAAAGGCUUCAUGGUCGGAAAUGCCGUUAUUGAUGAUUACCAUGAUUACGUUGGAACUUUCGAGUACUGGUGGACGCAUGGGCUGAUCUCUGAUGAUACCUAUCAGAAGCUGCAGUUGGCCUGUGAGUUUGAUUCAUCUGCGCAUGCUUCCAAGGCAUGCAACCAGAUCUAUGAUGUAGCUGAAGCCGAGGAAGGCCUGAUUGAUGCAUACAGUAUCUAUACACCAACCUGUAAGAAGGCCUCAUUGCGUAAGCGGAGGCUAAUAAAGGGCCGCAGGCCCUGGUUGCCAAGAGGAUAUGAUCCUUGCACUGAAAAGUACUCCACAAAGUACUAUAAUCUACCAGAAGUGCAGAAAGCUUUUCAUGCCAAUGUCACUGGAAUGCCGUAUGCCUGGAACCCCUGCAGUGAUGACUUGUUUGAGCAUUGGAAAGAUUCACCGAGGUCUAUGCUUCCUAUAUACCAUGAACUUAUUGCUGCUGGCAUAAGAAUAUGGGUCUUCAGUGGUGAUGCUGAUUCCGUGGUACCCCUCACUGCUACAAGAUACUCCAUUGAUGCGCUCUAUCUUCCGACUGUCACUAACUGGUAUCCCUGGUAUGAGGAGGAGGAGGUUGCUGGUUGGUGCCAAGUGUACAAAGGUUUGACGUUGGUGACAAUCCGAGGAGCAGGACACGAGGUUCCCCUCCAUCGUCCACAACAGGCCUUGAAGCUUUUUGAGCAUUUUUUGCAAGAUAAGCCCAUGCCUCGGCCUGUAGAUAGCAUUCAGUCGUUUUAGAUAUUUCUUUCGCUUAAAAUGGAAGGUCACGCUAUGAAGCCAUCUUGUUGUACAAUUUCAAGCCUGGCUCACACGUUUCAGUUGAGGAGAUAUGCUCUGUUCGAUUGAUGUUGGCUACUUGGCAUUAUUAAUUAUUUCAGUGCAGUAACUUUAGAAAUUGGAACAUAAUUCCCAUCAAAGUUGUCUGAUGAGAGUUUUGUUUUCAGUUUUCAUGUAUACUGAGCACUGGAAUGUUAAUGUAAUGUAAUUUGGAAUAUUCACGUACGUACUUAUUUGACACAAUACCAUGCUACCAUGUUCACUAUUA